UGUAAACUUUCAAAUUUAGAAUUUGUAUAUCACAAAGACAUUCUUUUUUCCAUAAAUGUAAAUACUUUAACUUUUUUCAUCAAUGCAAUUUUAAUUAUCAUAUUAUCAUGGAGCCAAAGACUGAACUACAAAGAAAUGAGAUCGCUUUCGCGAGGAGGAAGGAGUUGGAGACAUACCAACGUGCGCUGGACAUCCAAUGGCUAAACAGUCGGAUGGACGAUAGCCACAUCGGCCGGCAUCUAGCGCAGAUAAAACAAGAGGCUGCAAUGGAGAGAGAUUUUCAAGAGAGAACAGAUCAUUCAGCAUUGGUGAACGCUAGAACACAGAAAGAGAUAGCCCUCGCUAGUGAGAUAGCUAAACAUAACCAGGAGGAGAUCAGUCAGCUGCAGCGCCGACACUACCUUAGAGAACGAGACCCGGAGCUGAGGACACUACUGCGAAGGCUGCAGGAUGGCUACGUCUGCAGGGACUUGAAGCAGCAAAUGCUGCAUAAUAAGUACAAGAAAUUGCAGGACGAAGCGGAAGACAGAAGACAAAAUAGAAUCCUAAUGAGUGCAUUAGCUGUUGACUCUGAAGCGGUGAUGAGAGAGGAGCAGGAGGCGAUGGAGAAGAAGGCCAAGCUGCUUCUAGAAAUGCAGCAGCAGCUGGUGGACCGGCAGAGAGUGAGGCAGUGCCAGUUUGAGGAGACGCUCAUUGAGAAGAAGAUGCUAGAAGAAGUCAUGAGAACAAUAGCUGAUGAAGAUCACCGAGAAGUGCGGGAGAAGCGCGAGCUGGCGGUCAAGUUGAACAAGGAGAUAGAGACGUUCAAGCGAGCUCGGGACGCCUGGAAGGAGAAGCAGAAGAAACUGCUCGUCAUCGAGGAGAGGAACAUCGAGAACCAGAUCAAAGAGGCUGGGGACAGGAGUGCGGCCAUAAUCGCAGAAAGAGAGAGGAAGUUCCGAGAACGAGAGAUGCUGAACGAGAAAAUUGCCGCGAAAAUUAUGGCUGAUAGAGCAGCGAUUCUAGAACGAGAAGAAAUAAUACGAAGUCUCCAAGAGCAGGAGUAUUUAGAGAAGAACGUAAAAGAGGAUAUAGCGGAGAUGACGAAGUCCUCGCGCAGCAAGCAGGCCACGGAGGCCGCGCUCUCGCUGCAGAUACAGGCGAGAAGGAAACUAGCUCAGGAACAGAAGGAGAAAGAAGCCAAUUUCAGAAAAGAGAACGAGGCGCAGGCGGAGGAGCAGCGCCAGCAGCUGCUGCAGCAGGCGCGGCGCCAGCGCCAGCAGCGCCAGCAGUACGGCCGCCAGCUGCUGCAGCAGAUGGCAGAGGAUGCCAGCAGGCGGCAGAAGAUGAAGCAGCACGAGGACGAGGAGGCGCGCUACGUGUUCGACUACGACAAGGCCUGGUUGAGUGAGUGCGCAGAGGAACGCAAGCGGAUAAUCUCGGAGCACGCGGCGCACGUGCUGGGCUACGUGCAGCCCGCCACGCUGCGCCACGAGGAGCUGCUGCAGCUGCCGCUGGGCGCCGCCGCACGCACACCUGCGACCUUCCCCAAGUGCAACUCGCAGUGCAGGGUGCUUAGGGAAUAUUAACUUAAUAAUUUUUAAAGUUUUUUCAAUAAAUACAAAACUUUAAAUUUAUAUCUUAGUAUAGACUAACA